CCAGGCGCCCCAACCAUCCCAGUUUUUUAAAAAAUUCUUAGCAAACUGGAUCUUGAGGAAUACUUACUUCUCUAAUAUAAUAAAAAUUUUUACCGAAUGAACACUUAUUGAGAUUCAGCAUAGGCAAGUCACUGGUUUAAGUUUUAGGGGUUAAAACAUUAAAUAAGGCAGGUCCCUGCUCUCAAGAACCUAGAUCAUGUCCUAUUAAUCACAAAACAUUACCAGUUUCCUUUUCUGCAACAGAUUUUCUAUCUCACAAGUGGGAAUUAAUCCAAAGGAAAUAUUUGAAAUUAAGGUGUUUCCACAAUGCUCAUUGCAGUGCUAUUUUUAGUAGCAAACCUUUGGUCCUUAAUGUCCAACAAUAGGGGGACAGUUUUGGAAAUUUCUUCAUAUUAACUCAAUGGAAUAUUAUGCAUUCAUUAAUAAAUUUCAUUCAGUACCCACAAUUCAGUUACCAACAACAUGAUACAUAGACUAAAUCAAUUGGAAGAUGCAUAGUAAUAUUGGAUUACUGUAUAUGAAGUAAAGUUAGUUGUAAAAAGUGGAACAAGGUUUCUCAACCUUAUUGUUUGCAUCAGAUAAUUCUUUGUUGGAGGAUGUUUAUUUAGCAGCACCCUGGCUCCUCCCAGUGGGCCUCUAGUGAACCCCUCUGCUUAGUUUUGACCAAAAAUGUCUCCACACACUGCCAAAUAUCAACUGGGGGGAAAACUUGUCUUUGGUCAAGUGCAACUCAUAUUCAACAUACAACACAACUAUGUAAAAACCUGUAUGUGAACAAAUAAAAAUGGGAAGAACGAUGAAGAAACAAUACUUGCUAUGAUUAUCGGUGGAAUUCUGGUCGUAAUUUCUUUUCUGAGAUUUUCGAAUUGUUUUAGCAGUAAACACAGCCCAUGUUUAAGAUGUGCUUUCUAGGGGCACCUGGGUGGUUUGGUAGGUUCAGCGUCUGACUCUUGAUUUCGGCUCAGGUCAUGAUCUCACCUUUCGUGGGAUCUAGCCCUGCGUCAGGCUCUGCGCUGAUGGUACAGAGGCUGCUUGGGAUUCUCUCUCUCCCUCUCUCUCUCUCUCUACCCUUACCCCCCUCAAAAUAAAUAAACAAAAAACCAAAACAAAACAAAAAAAAGACGUGCUUUCUAAACAGCCAGAUGUAGGAAGAGUUUUCAAUUCAAGCAUAUCAGCAAUGCUCUCUGGCUAUGUCAGUUCCCCUGGUGGGCUGAUGCAUCAUCUUAAUUUCCUUUCCGUCUCUCCUGAGUUCUAGCACUCCACCAGACGCCUUGGCUAGCUGCACAUUUCUUUAUAUGUGCACUAAGAUGAUGGACUUCUGCUUACAGCAGUUCCCAGAUGACCCUUCAUCAUUUCCGGUGCACCUCUGAUACCAGCGUGAUGAUUAAUGUUGUGUCACCUUGACUGGGCCACCUGGUGCCUCGAUAUUUGAUCAAACACUGUUCUGGGUGUUUCUGGAGGAGCUUAACAUUUAAAUCCAGUAGAUUGACUAAGCAGAUUGCCUUCCAUACGGUGGGGGUGCUUCAUCCAAUCAUUUGAAGGCCUGAAUGGAACAAAAAGGCUGACUUCCCCUGCUACAAGACAGAAGUUUCCUGCCUAACAGGCUUGAACUAGAACACUGGUGUUUCUCCUGUCUUGGACUCAAACUGCAGCAUUGGCGGUUAGGUUUUAGGCUUUUGGACUCAGACUGGAACUCAACCGUUGUCUCUUCUGGGUGUCCAGCUUGCCUAAUCCCUCUGCAGAUCAGGGGACUUGUCAGCCUUUAUAACUGCAUGAACAAAUUCCUUAGAAUGAAUCUUUUUACCUCCCUCUCCUCCCCCUUCCAUCUCUUACUGGUUCUGUUCCUCUGGAGAACCCUGACUAAUAUACCAGCAAAGAUUCACCUCCAGUCCCAAGGACGGGGCCUUUCCAGAGAAGUCCCCAACAAGAUGUCACCAACUUCAUAAGUUCGUCAGAAUCAAACACAAGCACCCACUACUUUGCUUUCCACGUCUAAUUCUCACAAGGCUUUGAUGUUGGCCUGGCACGAUGCUGCUACCCUUACUCAGGUCGGACCUUUCUCAAGGUGCAAACCCACAGUAAACUUUCCCGUUGAUUCUUCUUUUAUUCUAAAGACAUGAUUUUGGCAAAGUGUCUACAUGUACCCUAGAAACAACUUUAAUUGGCUUUUGUAUGGAUUUCACUUCUCCACCCUUACUGCAGGAAGCGGAUAGAAAUCAGCAGUGCCCUGCUCUGGCUGAAAGAGGACAAUUCUUGUUCAUUGAGGGUUUUUUUUUUUUUUUUUUGGAAAUGCAGCAACAAUGAAUUGUGACAGAUGCCUUUGGCUCCUGUGGUGCCUUUGCAAACACAGCUAUGCAGAGUGGGCUCAAAAAGGUGGCUCCUGUCAUGGGACAUUGCUUUACCGCCCUGGUGACGGAGAGUGAGUUAGACAGGACACAGCACACGCUGACACGGCCAAUAACCCGGCCACAUCGUAGCCUUAGGAUGCUAAUGAGCUUUUAGGGACAGGCAAACUUGCUUCAAGUUUCCAAAAUACCCACAUGCUACCAAAUAUCCAAGUGAUGUGGACCAGGGGAGAGUCUAGACCUACAGACUGAAAGUGAGGCAUCAUAGGUUUGAAGGUGUUGUUCUUAGCAGAACUCAAAAGGUUUCUGACCAGGUCAUGCUGUUGAAACAGGUAGGCUGGUUGACAACAGAAAAGAAAUUCAGCCAAAUGGGCUUAGUUUUCUUCCAUCCUAUCCAUGUAAUGUAUUUUGUAAAGUGUUUGUGCGAAUCAAAUGAAAUAAAAAUGACAGCAAUAGAAACCCCUUACACAGCACUUCUUACAUGACAGGCACUGAUUUAAGAACUUUACCUGUAUGAAUUUAUGGGUACAAAUAUUAAAGUUGAUAAAAGCAUUCUGCAAAGGUAAUGUGCUAUCAUUAGAAAUAUAAUUACUAUUCAUUGCAAUCACGCAUUUUUGCAUGAGUAGCUAUAUCCAGAAGCAAGUUCCUGCCAUAAUAGGGACCACUGAGAUAUUAGAUAUUAACGGUGACCAGGAAACAAAUCAUCUAGACAUCCAGAUGGGGCAGUCUCUACCCUUCUAGGAAGCCUCCAGGCCUUAUCCACGUGACAGAAUCUGCCUUUCCCAGCAGAAACACACAGACACUGAUAAUAACACUCGAGCCGUUUGCUGCCUAGCUGUCAGGUCAUGAUUUACUCAAGUUGUCCUUCCUGACUAUUCUCAUCAGCCUCCUACUCUCCAUCCUACUGAAGCCACUUCAUCUUUCCUUCCUUCCUUCCUUCCUUCCUUUCUUCCUUCCUUCCUUCCUUCCUUCUUUUUUUUUUUUUAAGAUCUUAUUCUUAAGUAGCCUCCACACCCAAUAUGGGGCUCGAACUCACCACCCUGAGUCGCAUGCUCCACCAACUGAGCCAGCCAGGCACCCCUCCCUCCUUUAUUCUAAUUGCAACUGCCAAGUACUGGCCAUAUUUCCUGAGCUUUGGGGUCCAGGCCAAUCAAAGGUAGGAAACUGGCUCCUCAUUAUUUGACCCAACCAGGUCCGUUGAUCGAGCCAUGUUGCUUAGGACUGAAAAGUCACUCGCUUUCAAAAAAAGAGAAGAACAUUUGUAUCUCCGGCCAAAGAGAAAGGAGCAGGGCAGUGUAUGGGCACCUGUCUCCUCUGCUUCUGCCCUAUGAUUAAGGAGACUGUUUAUCCAAUUAUUCCUGAGACCGUCCUGGUUUCCAGUUAUUGUCUCAGAAUAAUUUUUCAUAGAGCCUCUUUUCACUCUCCAAGGUGUCCUGGUUUGGGUGAUAAAUCACAUGGUCACUCUAUUGGUGACCCACCCUGGAGUGCUGCAUCUAAAGACACUGUAGAGCCAGACACAGUGGGAGUGGGGGCUGGAAGACCAGGGCUUUAAACCCAACUCCACCACUGGUUCAAUGAGCUUAGGGAACUCACUUCCUCUCUCAGAUCCUCAGUUUUUCUGUCUGCCAAAUGGUCAUGGUUCCUGCUCUGUUCUCUUCACAGACACGUGGGGAGGAGUCAGUGGCAUAUUGGUCGGGAAGCACUUGGUCAGCUUUGCACCACUAAGCAGAUGAAAGCUCUUUUUAUGAUGACAAUAUAGCUCAGGAGCCCAUCAUUUCGUACUAUUGUCCAAGAGCUGCUAAGAGGUUUUUUUCUUUAUGUGAAUGAAGAGACUCCAUUUUAGAAUAAAGACUGUUGGGGCGCCUGGGUGGCUCAGUCGGUUAAGUGCGUGACUCGGCUCAGGUCAUGAUCUCACGGUUCACGAGUUUGGGCCCUGCUCGGGCUCCUGUGCUGACAGCUCAGAGCCUGGAACCUGCUUCGGAUUCUGUGUCUCCCUCUCACUCUGCCCCUUCCUCGCUCACACUCUGUCUCUCUCUGUCUCUCUCUCAAAAAUAAAUAAAAAAGAAAAGAAUAAGGACUGUCAUGGGUAACAAAUGACUUGCUCUGCACUUAAACUUGACAUAAUAAAGAUAACAUAUUGUAAAGUGCCACACUGUGGAUUCUCUCUCCCUCCUUCCCUUUCCCACCCUCAUAAAGAGUCACCAGGUAAUUUAUCCCAAAGGAAUGUGGUUGAUCUUUCCGGAUACUGGUAAACAAAGAACUGCAUGGUCCCAAUCCUUUGUGAAGAUGCACAUUCUUGGUCACUCAGCUGGGUGUUUCCUUGGACAUUUAUUCUUUUGUGGAAAAGAAAAGUCCCAACGCUGAUUGCUAAAUCUCAGUGACCCGAGGGCCCUGGAUUUCCUGCUACAAUUGUCUUCUAAUGCAGAAUCCUGCCUUCACCUUUUCACCCAUAUCCACUUUCCACAGAGCUGAUGGAUAAGGAGGUAUGACUUCGUUCAGUGACAUGACACACUUCUUUGGGCAGCUCCACUGAGGCUUAGUGCCCACUAAAUCCACGACCGAGAAGGAGUCCCCACCAUCCACGUAAUACAUUCCCAGGCUUGCUCGCCAGAAACAGGCAGGCAUCCAGGACAUCAGCUCUAUUUUAUACAGGCACUUUCUGAACAAUCAGUGGCCCAAUGCCCUUAGAGAUAUCAUUUGUCACACCGUAAACUCUGCAAAGGAAUUCAAAGGAAGCAAACGCGGAGUACAAAACAAUGAGCACUGAGUCAGAGAUGUGCCUGUCCUUAGAUCUUUCAGGAUGAGAGUUUAUGAAGCUAGUUCUUAGGAUUUCCUCUGCAAGUAGAGGAAAUCCAGUGAAUGAGUUCAAAAGCUUUAAAGAUAUCCUCUCACAUUAAAUAAUUUCUUCUUCUUUUUCUUUAGAUGUGGAAGGGAGAUGAAGAAAAAAGAAAACUCACUCAUUCACUCAGUAAAUAUUUACUGAACUGUGAGGUACCGUUUUAAAUGCGUGGAAUAUAACAGUGAUUGCAUAGACAACUGCCUCAGAGAGUGGACAUGCUAGUUGGAGAUAAGGACAAUAAACAAAGAAACUAACUAGUAUACAACGGAAUGUCAGAUUCCUGUGUCAUGUGAGACCAGUUUUGUAGGUUGUGACAGCUCUGUGACUCCAAGAACUAUCCCCAAGAACUGGACUUCUCCUCUGUAGCCAGGAAUGAGGCCUGCCUCGUCUUGGCUUUUGCCUUCUGGAGGAAGAUUGGCUUUCAACAAGGAUUUCUGACCCCUAACUUGGCCGUGCCCACCACUGAUGGAGCAAGAGCAAAAACUGUUGAUCUCAGAUUCUAGUGGCUUCACGGAGAGGGAGAGUUUGAAAAGCCCUUUUCCAGGAGAUGCAAGUAAGAAUCAUUUGGAAACUGUACAACACAACUCCAAGGCAGAUGAAGAGAGCGCCUCAAAACAGUCUAAGAGAGAUGGCCCACAAAAUUGUAAGCAUGAGGAUAUAGAAGAAAGUCCAUUGAUGUGGUCCCAAGGCAAUGAGAUCUGGUGCAGUGAUUCCUACGAGAAGGAUGGCAAGUCAGAGAAUCAGGGAAAUUCUGCAGGAGAAGAAGAAGAAAAACCCAGUCACUGGGGAUGGGCUCCCGGGGAACGCCGCAGUGCCUCUGUCCAGCAGAAUUCGACCUCCAGGGACAAACCCUACAAGUGUGCUGAAUGUUGGAAAAGCUUCAAUAACAGCUCUCAUUUGCGUAUUCACCAGAGGACCCACUCAGGAGAAAAACCUUAUAAAUGUUCUGAGUGCGGGAAAUGCUUCAGUAACAGCUCUCACCUGAUUCAGCACCUGAGAACACACACAGGAGAGAAGCCCUACCAGUGUGGCGAGUGUGGGAAAAGCUUCAGCAAUACCUCCCAUCUAAUCAUUCACGAGAGGACUCACACGGGAGAGAAACCCUAUAAAUGUCCCGAGUGUGGGAAGAGCUUUAGUAGCAGCUCCCACCUUAUCCAGCACCACAGGUCGCAUACCGGCGAGAAGCCCUACGAAUGUCCCGUGUGUGGGAAAUGCUUCAGCCACAGCUAUGUCCUCAUAGAACAUCAGAGGAUUCACACGGGAGAAAAACCUUAUACGUGUCCUGACUGUGGAAAGAGUUUUAGUCAGAGUUCCAGCCUGAUUCGCCACCAGCGGACACACACGGGAGAGAAGCCCUACAAAUGUCUCGAGUGUGGGAAAAGCUUCGGUUGUAAUUCGACUCUCAUAAAGCACCAGAGGAUUCACACAGGAGAAAAACCGUAUCAGUGUACGGAAUGCGGCAAGAGCUUCAGUCGGAGUUCGAACCUAAUCGCACACCGGAAAACACACGCAGGAGAGAAGCCCUGUGAAAGUCCCGAAUAUGAAGAAAGUUUGAGUCGGAACUGCAGUGCGAUAGAAGAGUGUGGACUCCAGCCUGGGGAGAAACCCUACAAGUGUUGUGAGUGCGGAAAGCGUUUCGGUCUCAGCUCCCAUCUCAUUAGACACCAGAGAACACACACAGGAGAGAAGCCGUACAGGUGUUCGGAGUGUUGGAAAACUUUCAGUCAGAGUUCCACCCUGGUGAUUCACCAGAGGACGCACACGGGAGAGAGACCUUAUAAGUGUCCCGACUGUGGCGAGGGCUUCAGCCAGAGCUUUAAUCUCAUCAGGCACCGGAGGACUCACGUGGGAGAGAAACCUUACAAAUGCACCGACUGUGACAAGUGCUUCAGCAGAAGUGCCUAUCUCACUCAGCAUCGGAAGAUGCACCUAGAAAAGUCUUUCGAGUCUCCUGAAGUCAAUGAUUUUCCUCCUGGGUGGACUUGGAAAAACUGUCCAGGGGAAGUGGCCCUCAUCUCUUCCUUUUCAGUCCCACGUCCAUCUUCCUCUUGAGUCCCAAAGCCCGUUUAUUAUUAUUAUUAUUAUUAUUAUUAUUUCUUUUCUUGCUGGAUCAUUACAAUUAAGGUGUUGCUA